ACGAUUCCCAUGGUUCCGCCUCCUAUCGACACAGAAUCGGCUGUCAAUCAGGUUAAUUUCCAAGCCACGGGCGAAAUAGUCGGAAAAGUUUUGGAGAAGUUUGUAACAAUGAGAAGUCGGAAGGGGAAAAGCGGCCAGCGAGGCGAAGAUAACUCUGUCCGGGCUGACAGUAAGGAUGUAUCCGACUCUGCCCCCGCCUCGGCCGGACUGACCAUGCUGUGGGCUUUCCUGCUGCUCUUGGUGGCCGCUUGUGGGGUUGGCGGCUGGUACAUUCAGCAGCAGCUCCGCACCAUCGGCAGCCUGGAUCAGACCAUUCAAAUCCUGCAGAAGAAGCUCUCUCAGCUCGAAACGAUCCAUUCUCAAGUCAAUGAGCUGAAUGAGAAGUUGUUGAUCACAGAAGCUCACGAACAAAGGUUGCAAGAUCUCGAGGUUACAUGGGCUGAUUCUAAAAGGAAAAUGGAAAUGACAACGGAGGCCGUGGCACAGAUUGAGUCCGCUAACCUAAAUAGUAAGGUGGCUGUGCUCCAGUCAGAAAUGGGUAAAAGCCUGAGUGAGCUCAGGAAGGACUUGCUGACAAAGAGUGACCUGGAGCAUCUGGAGGAUAUGGUCGAAGUUCUUCGAGAAGUUGAGUUUGCACGGGCAGAGCAGGAGGUUGCAAGUAUGAAGGCUACAACCUCCAAACUUGAAGAAAGUGUAUAUUCACUUUCUGCUUCAUUUCCAGCUUUAACAAAUCGAGUUGCAAGCCUAGAGGCAGAAAGGCAGGACCUUCAGUCUCUUCAGCGAAGUGCUGAGGACAUCAACACAGUCAAAGAGUUAAUGGACCAUAGUCUUCCCUCCCUCUCCAAUGGUGUGAUUGCAUUGUCAAAACAAGUAAACCAGACUACCCAGGUGACUGAUGUUAUUCAGUCACAGUUAGCUCAGCAUAGCAAAGAAUUAUCAGCACUGAAAGACUAUGCAUCUGAUCAGCAAGUUGAGCACCUGUCCAGAAAAGAGGAACUGGAAAACAUCAGGAAAAUGGCCAAUCAGUUGCAAAUGGAGAAGAUCUCUAUGGAAGAGCUGGAAAAUGCUGUUCGAAGCACAAUAACCAGUGAUAUCAGCGAGCUGCAAAGGAGAACUAGCAAAAUGGAUGAAGUACUAGCCACUCUGCAAAAUUAUGUCACAAAGGUUGAAAGUAAUGGGGCCAAUCAAAAUAAGCAAUUAGCAGAUGCAUUGAAUCAAACAUCUCAUACUCUGCAAAAAAACUUGGGAAAAAUUGAAACAAAUCUCAAGAGGACUGUAGAGCAAUGUCUGUCAGGAGAAGUAAGAACUUUCUGUGAAACUUUAGAGAAUUGUGCUUGGCCGCACAUUCGGGAAGUUAACUUUCCUCAUCGCAUAUUGAAGGAUCCAGUAAUAAUGCUGAGCUUAGCUGAAAUCAGCUCGGUUGAUUCGGUUGGAGUAACAGUGAAAGCUAUUGAUGUUACAGACUCUGGUUUUAAGAUCCAAAUUAAUAGUAUUGGUAAUUAUAAUCUGUCAACUGUGAGAGUCAACUGGAUGCUCUGCGCAUAGUUGAAGUGACUUGCAAAAAUCCCUACGAAAUGUCAAUUAUAUAGGAAAAAAACAAGAGAAACAACCAUGGCUUUCAAUGUAAGAUAGUAACACUGCUCUAUCAGAGCUCAUUGAGCUAAUUCAACACUAAAGCAGUUAAUUUGUUUGGAAUUAAUUAUUCCAAUAUAUUAUGAGUUUCUCCAUGUGCAGAUGGACCCAUUGUUUGAUAUCAAAGCUGUAGAUGUGUCACAUUUGAGAGGAAAUGGCAGUUCAGAGACCAGUACAUACAACUAUAUAGAUAAGAAAAAAAUAACACAACUGUACCAACUAUGAAUUACUUCCAAGAUUCAUUUUGGGUUGACGAGCCAAUAAAAUGGUCAGUGAGUAAAAUCGGAUGCCACAGAGUGAGACACCUUCACUUGAAAGGAACUAUGUAUGCUGAGUGAUCUUGUGUUUAUUGAUAGUCAACUUAUUUUUGAGUACUGAAGUAAAUUGAAAUUACAAUGCAAAGUAAGCGAACAGUGUUUUCAUUCCCUCAGAAUUACUGCUGGAACUUUUGAUUGUAUUGUGGGGCACAAAAAUGAACAAUAUCAUAAUAGGAUAUUUUUUAGUAGAUGUAUUUGUUCAUGAGAUGAAAACAUUAUUUGCAUUUAUUGCCCUUCCCUAAUUGUCACUGAACUGAGAAAUUGGCCCCUUUGUUAUACCUGGAGUCGCAUGUGGACCAAACGGCAUAAGAAUUUCCUCCUCUGAAAAAUAUCAGUGAAUCAGAUAGGUUUUUGAGAUAAUCCAGCAGUUUAUUUAGAUUUCAGUAAAAAUUAAUUACUCAUUUCUAAAUCCCCAAGGUUGCCAAAGUGGUAGUUGAACUUGUCCAACACUCUGGCUGUUAGUCCAGUAUCAUUGCUUCAGUGGUAUCAUGUCUUACAUAUACUGUACCUGCGUGGCAUUUACCAGCUUGUGCUCCCAUGACCCUUGAUACAUUUACUCAACAAAAAUCCAUCUCUAUUUUGAACCUUUCAAUUGGCUCAACAUCCAAAGCUCUUUUAGGGAUCAGGUUCCAGAUUUCUACAGCUUUUGCUUGAAAUAUUUUUUCUACCUUUGCUCAAUAAUAUUCCCUCUAAGUUUAUGUGUGUCCCUCUUCUCAACUCUCCUGCCAGAAGAAAUCAGAUUUAGGGAAACCUUGAUCAGAUCAUCCCAUAAGUAUGUCAUAUUUCAGGAAAUAGCAGUAGUUUAUGCAACAGUCCAAAAUAAACUAGCCAUCUGUAUCAUGGUGAAAAUGCACCUGCUCUAAAACCACUUCAUUGUUCUUUAUAGUGCACAAAAUGAAUGCAUUACUCCAAGUACGAUUUGACCAAGGCUCUCCACAGUUGAAGUAUAACUUCCUUCCCUGUGCAUUCCAAUCCACUUGAGCUAAAGGCCAGUAUCCCAUUACUCAUUUUGAUUGUUUUUUGCCAUGUUAUUUGCUCUUAGGAAAUUGACACCCCAAGUUCCUUGUUUCUUCCACUUAAAAAAAAAAUACAUUAUAUUAGCCACCUUGCAUAAAGAAUGCAGGACUUCUAUUGAAUUUAUUUUGCCCACUUACUUAAUAUUUGUCCCUUUGCAACUUUCUGCAACCAUCUGCUUUCCUGAGUUGGCACCAUCUUUAGACUUUGAUAUGCCCAAUUCUAUUAAUAAACAUGGUAAAAAAUCAAAGCCUCAGAACACAUCCAUGGCAACACGACUUGUCACGUUCUGCAGGUUAUUGUCCAUGCAUCCUCCACCUGCUGCCCCAUCAAGUCUAUUUGUAACAAAGGUUUAAAGGUUGCCUCAGUUUUUGCUACUAUAAGUAGUUUGUCCUUUCAAAUCUGCACUAUUAUUUAAGCAUUAUUUUACAUUAAGAGCAGCAGUUUUGAAAGCUUUGUAUUUUGAUCAGUAUAAUCCAUACUUCUAAAAGGUGUAGUACUAUGAUUUCUAUGAUACCUAUGAUUUGAUCAGAAGUCUGUUGAUCAGCACUGACAGGGCAUAACACACUUUGUAUAGGUAUUUAAUCCCCUCUAAUUACCUAUGGUGAAUUUAGUUUGUCCUCUUUUGAUUUUACAUUUAUUAUUCUGAAGAUGAAUGGACAAAGGAAUGUGACUGAAUUAUUUUUUUUCUGUAUUUAAAAUUUAAAUAAACAAUUCUCUAAAUUUUGAAAGC